CUAUCUCUUAAACCGAGGGGAGAUAGAGAAGUUUAAAAAGUUUAGGUUUUUGCAGCGUAUGCAUGGCCUGAGGAGAUAAGAGAGUUAAAAGGUUUGGGGUUUUGCAGGGUAUCCAUGGUGGGAAGCAUGGUCUUUAUAACCCCAAACUGUGCUCCUAAUACCAGGGUUUGGACCUUCACCCAAAUAUCUACGUUGCAGAAAUGGCAUACCCCAAUAAAUUUAUCCACAAAACCAUUCAUAACACCCACCAUUCUCAGCUCAAGCUAUGCUUCUAGGGUCUCGAUUCUAUCAAAUAAUCGGUUACGAUUCCUCUGCAAAAUGAGAAAUUCAGAUAUGAUUUCGCAACUAGAACUUGAGAAACCAGAAGAUGGCAGAGCACCUGGCAAACGGGUUAAUGGAGUAUUCUGGAUCCUUCUUCUGAAUAUUGGCAUCUAUGUGGCAGACCAUUGGUUUCAGCUUCCAGAUGUAAAAACAUUAUAUUUUUACCACAGUUGGCCACGCUGGUAUCAGUUUGUCACUGCUACAUUCUGCCAUGCUGACUGGAACCAUCUAUCCAGCAACCUAUUCUUCUUGUACAUAUUCGGUAAGCUUGUUGAAGAGGAGGAAGGAAGCCUUGCCUUGUGGAUCUCCUAUUUGCUAACGGGAGCUGGAGCAAACCUUGUCUCGCUUCUCAUACUUCCAAGAAAUGCAGUAUCUUUGGGAGCCUCGGGGGCCGUAUUUGGACUUUUUGCAGUUAGUGUUCUUGUGAAGAUGAGCUGGGAUUGGAGAAAAAUUCUUGAAGUUCUCAUACUAGGCCAAUUUGUUAUCAAGAAGGUAAUGGAAGCAGCACAAGCAUCAGCAGGACUCUCAGGUGCCAUUGGCAGUGGCUAUUCCAAUAUUAACCAUAUUGCGCAUCUGUCCGGUGCUCUAAUUGGUGCUGCUCUCAUAUGGCUCAUCAGUCGAAUUCCUUCUCAGCCCAAGCAAAGAAAAUCCAAUUGGGAUAUCAGUAAAGGAUAGGACUUAAAUCUUAACAUGCUUCUGUGCUCAGCAACAUUGAUAUCUUAUCAACGUCAGGUUCUCUCUCUCUCCUCUCUCCCUCUCUCUCUCUCACACAUACACACUCACGCUCCCCAAUGUGCUCAUCAUGCAUAGAUUGCAAAUGAGCGCAACUUGGAUGUUUGAAAUCCCAUAUAGACAGCAGGAUGAAUCUCUCUCUCUCUCUCUCAUGCUUGGAUUCCAAAUGAGCGCAACUUGGACGUUUGAAAUUCCAUAUAGACAGCAAGAUGAAUCUCUCUCUCUCUUACCCACACCCACAUCCACACACACACACCCCUCAUGGACUGGACAUGCUUGGAUGGCAAAAUGCCUAGAACUAGGAUCUUUGAUACCCAUUAAGAUAGCAAGGAGUCUCUCUCUCUCACUCUCUCUCAUUUGUGCACCCAUGUUCAAAAUGGAAAACUUGCAUUUUAUCAUGCAUUCUUCUCUGUUUCAGAAUUUUGAAAUGGCUGAGCUGUUCAGGAACAUCGAUGAUUUACCUGGAAAAGUACUUCCUGGUUAAGCUCUAGGAACUGUCGAGACCCAUGGUGAUCCUUGUAGUUACAGAGUGAGGAGUCUUUUGUAUAUAGAUUGUAUAAUUUCAACAUGGAUCAUUUUGACAGUUGUGGGUAUUAUGAUUCAACAAUACCACUAUUCUUAUGAAGUGAUAUUCCACUGUAUUAUCUCCAAAGAGUGAUCUUCUCUCUGGUGUUGAAUUGUGAAGGAAUUUCAUGUGAAUUACUUGUGUUGCAGAUUUUGAGUUCAUGAAUCAACACUCCCUGUUAUUAUUUACCAAAUCUCUACUAUAUGUUUUCUACGGGGUAA